AUGAAUUCUAAAAGUAUAAGUGAGAUGUUAGAAUCGUCUUUUGAUUAUAGUUCUGUUGACGAUUCAGAUGAUGACCCCAGUUGGGAUAAAAAUGUUGAAGUCAUGUCUACAAGUACUACUUCUAGUACACUAAAUAAUGGCAGACAUGUGAAUAUAGUGGCAUCAGAUGUUGAAUUAUCCGGAGUCAGUGAAAUUAACAGUGAUGGAAAUGAUCCAGAUUUUGACAUGGUAUCUCAUAUAAGUGCAUCAACUGAUGGUGAUUUUGCACCAAUUGCUCGUGGACAAGGACGCCCAAGUGUUCAUACUAAUGAUCGUCAGUGGAGAGAUGAUGAUAAUGUUGUUGAUGAUUUUAUGUUCAACCCUGAUAUUAAAAACUCAGGUAUAAAUCCUGACUUAUUUGACGUACUAAUGCACGGCUCACCGCUCGAUUUUUAUAUGCUUAUAUUGCAUUACCAUCGUAUGAGCUUUAUUGGAGUACUUCUAACAUAUUUUCUACAAAUUUUGGACUUAUAA